UUCAUUUCAUUGGCCUUUGGUUGGCUAUGCUUUGAUUGGGUUCUUGAACUUUAUUCUUGACCAAAAAGCAAAGUUUGUUGACUAUACUCACUGUUAUUAUCUUUCUUCCAUCUAGUGUUCUAACAAUCUGCCCACUAUGCGAUAAAAUGCCCUUUAAACUAGUAAUACACUCGUUAUUAUUAGUGAGUUCUGUGACUUUGUGUCUAGCUGAAGAAUACAACUUGUUUGGCUUCGCUGGCCUAGGUUAUGCUAUUGAAAUACACCUGGGCCAUCCUCCUCAGAAGCUCCAUGUUCUACUAGACACGGGCAGCAGCACUCUGGCAGUUGCGUCAGUGGCUCGUAAUGACAUCACCACAUAUUUUGAUGUGAGGAACUCAACAUCUGCCUAUGAUAUAGGAGAUGAGGUGUUUGCAAAAUACACUGAAGGAGAUUGGUCAGCUAAAGUUGUCACAGACUAUGUCAGCAUACCGUCGGUACCACUGGCUCCAGAGGUGAGAGCUGAUAUAGCUCUUAUCACCAAUGCACAUGACUUCUUUAUGAAUGGCUCGGGUUGGCAGGGUAUCCUAGGCCUUGCCUAUCCAGCCAUAGGAGCCAGAGGAACUGACAACACAGUGACGCCGUGGCUCAAGUCCCUGGAUGAGAAGGCGGGUCAGACCAUGUCCUUCUCUGUGAAGCUGUGUGGACCACCUAGUCCUGUGGUGACCACACAUUACGGACAAUUUGAGAUACUUGAUGAUGUCUCAAAGAACAAGAAUCCCAAUAGGACUUUCUACACAAAUAUUCUAAGAGAAAGAUGGUUCGAAAUUGGGUUACUAUCCGUAAGAGUGCUACAUUCUAAGAAAUCUAGUCCAAAAGAUGCUAUGGCAUCUGUGAUUUUGCCUUUAAAUGAAACUAAUAAAAGUAGUUAUGAAAUAAUGGAUGGUCCAAUAGGAAAAGAAUGCAGAUUAUUGAAUGCGCAAAAAAGUAUAGUGGAUUGCGGGACAACGAAUAUAAGGGUACCUGGUGAUAUUUAUAAUAAGAUAGUUGGUGAAAUAGAAGAGGCGGCUAAAAACGCAAAUAUAUUAAUACUCAACGAAUUCUGGUAUCAUGGAGAGACAGCCUGUUGGCCGGAGCCGCGCCACUUCUCGCUGCCGCGGCUCGCUGUGGACAUAUUGGAUGCUGAUAAUGAUCAACAGUAUUUCACUGUCGAAUAUCCACCUGAGAUAUACAUGCGUCUGAUGUCCUCCCACAGCGGAGAUGGAACCAUGUCAGAGUACUGCUACAAGCUGGGGAUCGAGCCCGGGGACACGACUGUGUUGGGAGCCGUGGCCUUUGAGGGACUGCAGGUGCUAUUCAACAAGGAGUCCGGCAAAAUCGGCUUCCAAACCUCGAACUGCGGCCCUCAAACCCGCAUCACCGGCCCGCACAACGCUUCCCAACCUUUGUCCAAACUGUGCAAUCUAGCCACACCGAAAAAACAUUACACCGCCGUAGAAACUAAAAUAGCCCAGUGGGCCUUAGCCGUAGCAUUGACUGUGUCUAUGGGAUUAAUGUUUUAUUUGUUGGCGCCGUGUGUUAGAAGCAGUUUGGUUAAGUCUUUAAGAAGGAUGCCGACGCAAAUUUCGCUUUCCAGGACUGCUUUGGUUGAAGAAGUUGCUUGAGGUAAUGAGAGAAUUAUUGUACGGUGUUAAUAGUCAAUAUGGAUUGUGUCACAAAGAUUUUUGUAGGAAAGAAUGAUUUAUGUGAAGAUAGGACAGCGUAGAAUGACUUUUUCUAACAUCAUAGUGCGACAAACUUAUCAGUUCCGGUGACAGUUAACUAAAUUGGUAUUAGUAAAUAAAUUAUAUAUUAAUAACAAUAUAUAAUUUAUUUACUAAUAUGAUAUAGAUUAGAUGGGUUUAUUAAAACUGCAAGGGUAAAUUACCAUUACGGGAAAACAUAACAUCUUAAAGAAUUAAGAAAUAUUACACAUUUACGUGAGCUCCCACCGGAACAGAUAAGUUUGUGGCACUGUAUCUUACUUGAAUGUGGUGCAAACAUUUAUCUGUGUUGUAAAUUAUAAAUAUGUUCAAGUAAAGGAUUAAGUACUUACUGAAAAAGUAUUACUCUUCAGUAUUUUGCAAGUGUUUAAAAAACUAAAAUACCUAAUAAGAAAUUAUUUAUGAUCUCCUUGUUAUAAUAAUAUGAGAGCACUUUUAGAUGUUUUUAUUACAAAAUACAUAUUUGACUGUAAACUUGUAAAGGUACUUUUUACCGUAUCGUGUAUUUAAUUACUAUGAUUAAAGUCACAUUAUUUACUGCAGUUAAUUCAUAAAGUAUAUUGAUUAAAUCAUCUUCCUUGAUUAUUUUAUAGGUCAAUUUGUGUCGCCUCGUUCUUGAUAACAAUAAAAGUUUAUGAU